UAACAAAUAAAAUUCUCCCAAAGUUUUUGUUAAAGGUUCAAAGUUCAAACCCUUGAAUCUCCCGCGAAAAAUGACGAAUCGUCGCCGGAGAUCGCAGAUUCCCGUCGCUCCUUCACCAUCUACGGCGGGGAUUCGAAUCAUGCUCACAACACUCGUCUCUCGCCAUGAGGAAAUGAAGUUCGCGUUUCGCCGGCUCAAUUCUCAGAUCAAAACCGGAUUGCUUGAAGCUGAAGAGGUGUUUACUUCUCUUGCGAUUCCACUGAUGAAGCUUGUUGGAUUGAAGACCGAGGAAAUGGCCGAUGAAGGACGGUUCACCACCAUUAUCAUCGAUAAUGAUCACCCUUGCGGAAACGGGAUGAACCAGGACGUAACUGGAUCUCCGAUGGCAUCGUCAGUGGCUUCAGGACGCCACCAUAAUAGUCAUAUUACUGGAUUCGAGGCAGAAAGAUAUGCUACUAAAGCCACCAUGGCAGGCAAAGAACUCAUGGAUAAACAGCAAACUCAAUUUAUACAACUCAUCCAGCUCCUGAAACAAAUUGAAACCCAAGUCAAUUUUCGCAACGAUGACAUCCUGCAGACCCUAGCUAACCACCAAAACUCUCUCCAAAAACUCUUCCAAAGAGCCAUUCGUUUCAUAUGCACCUUUCAUGGUCAGAACCGAGACGCUUUUCUCAUCACAUUGAAACUUCUUCAAGCCGUAUUUGAUAAUGUGGGAGCAGUCCUCAGUACAGUAGAGGAUGGUGUGGGGAACCUAAUGCAGGAUUUAGCCGAAAAAAUGUGUAAUCCAAUGACAGCGUAUGUCAAGGGCCUCAAGGAUGAUAUAAAAAGAGGAACAUGUGCACGCUUACUGGUCACAGUGAAGGAGAUGGAAGGAGCAAUUCAAAAUGGAAGGAUUGAGUUGGAGGCAACAAGGAAGAAGGCCGCCAUAGCUGAAGAGGAGAAAAUGAAGGCAUUAUGCAAGUUCAGGGAAACAGAAGAACGACUUACGAGAACUAAGGAGCAUUGUGGGUUCCUUAUUAGAGCCAAACAAGAGCCUAUCGAACCUUUGGUUCCACAUGAGUACUUGGGCAUGGAGGAAGAUCAAGCAAAAGUUGACAAGCUAAUGAAGAGAAAGAGAAAGAUUCGAACACCAGAGAGCCCUAUGGGACCUAAUGAGCUCCUGUACUACAAGACCAAUAAUAAGCAGCAUAGACCCUCUGAAGCUAGAGCCCUUAUUAGUCACGGACCUGUGACGAGGAGUUACUCUAGAGGGCUAGUACCGCAGACUCCAUACUUGAAUGCACGAAUUCCACUGGGAUCAUCACCUACAGUGGCAAUUCAGCAUUUGAGCAGGCGCAUUACUUCUUAAAUUCAUUCUUGAGGUUGUAGGACUGGCUCUACUGCUUGCAACUAAAUUGGUUGGAUUUCUUCAAUGAGCAAACAACUUGUUAAACUCUUCUGGGAGUCUCAGUUAAUGAGAAUUAACCUAAUUGUCGUUCU